AUGAUGAACCCAUUUAGAAUUUUAGGUGAUAUUUCGCAUUUAGCCAGUAUUUUAAUUUUACUACAGACAAUUAAAACUACUAAAACAAUUGAUGGUAUUUCAUUCAAGACCCAAGUUUUGUAUGCAUUAGUAUUUUUAACCCGUUAUUUGGAUUUGUUGACUUUAAACUAUGUCUCUGUCUAUAAUACUUUGAUGAAAUUGUUUUUCAUCAUCUCCUCCAUCUACAUCGUUGUUUUGUUGCAACGUUCAAAGACAACUCAACCAAUUGCAUAUAAAGAAAUGAUCUUAGCAGACUCCAUCAAGAUUCAAUAUUUAUUAUUAGGUAGUCUUGUAGCUGCAUUGGUAUUUAACCAUAAAUUCACAUUUUUAGAAAUUGCUUGGAGUUUCUCCGUUUGGUUGGAAAGUGUUGCUAUUUUGCCACAACUGUUUAUGUUGUCCAAAAUAGGGAAGGCCAAGAGUUUGACUAUUCAUUACAUUUUUGCCUUAGGCUUGUACAGAACAUUGUAUAUUCCAAACUGGAUAUGGAGAUAUGUUACCGAGCAAAGAUAUGAUAAAAUUGCUAUAAUCGCAGGUAUUAUUCAAACUUUAGUCUACUCUGAUUUCUUCUACAUUUACUAUAAAAAAGUCAUUAAAGGUGCUAAUGUUAAAUUACCAAACUAA